UGCAGAUUAGAACAGAACAGCGGCACAGUAGAGGGGCGAGACGACGACGACGAGGCUCCACUCCCAAGCACGCACAGAUUAGAAGCGCUCUCUCUCCCCAGCAUUCCUAUAGCUGCUCUCUCUGUCAUUUCAAUCUCUAGGGUUUAACAUUUCUCCAUCUCCGCACAACAAUACCAUGGCCUUUUGGUGGCCGCUGCUCGUUAUCGCAUUCGCUUUUGCGAUCUGCAAAUUCCUCCUCAUGCUUGUUCCAUCCAAUGUCCCUUCUAUUGACGUUGAUGCUUCCGAUGUGGUGGAUGAUGGGAAUCAGACGAGGGAAAACAGCUUCAUCUAUAUACCAUCAAGAAGACAAACAGAUAAAGUCCAAUGCUAUGAGCCUGCAACAAUGAAAUAUUUGGGCUUCUUUCCAGCCCUGAAACCUGAUGAGGUUAAGGAGCAUGUUGCACAGGCAAGAAAAGCUCAAAAAGUAUGGGCUAAAAGUAGCUUCAAGCAACGACGCCAUUUUCUAAGGAUACUACUGAAGUAUAUUAUUGAACACCAGGAGCUUAUAUGCGAAGUUUCUUCACGUGAUACUGGAAAGACCAUGGUUGAUGCAUCUCUGGGAGAAAUCAUGACAACUUGUGAGAAAAUUACAUGGCUUCUUUCGGAAGGAGAAAAGUGGCUGAAACCUGAGUACAGGUCAUGUGGAAGAUCAAUGCUUCACAAGACAGCCAAAGUAGAGUUUCACCCCCUUGGUGUUGUUGGAGCCAUUGUUUCAUGGAACUAUCCAUUUCACAAUAUAUUCAAUCCAAUGUUGGCAGCAGUCUUCUCUGGGAACAGCAUUGUGAUUAAGGUUUCUGAGCACGCAAGCUGGUCAGGAUGUUUCUAUUUGCGUAUAAUCAAAGCUGCUCUUUCGGCUGUGGGAGCUCCAGAAAAUCUUGUUGAAGUUAUAACGGGGUUUGCAGAGACAGGAGAAGCCCUAGUCUCUUCAGUUGACAAAAUGAUCUUUGUUGGCUCACCAGGCGUGGGUAAAAUGAUAAUGAGGAGUGCUGCAAACACGUUGAUACCAGUUACACUUGAGCUUGGCGGAAAAGAUGCCUUUAUUGUCUGUGAAGAUGUUGAUGUGCAACAUGUUGCUCAAAUUGCUGUAAGGGGAGCUUUGCAGUCAAGUGGGCAGAAUUGUGCUGGUGCUGAGAGGUUUUAUGUUCACAAAGAGAUUUAUUCCAAGUUUGUUGCUGAAGUUGUCAAAAUUGUGAAAUCUGUUUCUGCUGGCCCUCCACUUGUAGGAAAAUAUGACAUGGGAGCCAUAUGCAUGCAAGAGCAUUCUGAAAAGCUUCAGAGUCUGGUAAAUGAUGCCCUUGACAAAGGAGCAGAAAUUGCUGGUCGAGGAAGUGUCGGGAAUAUUGGUGAAGGGGCUGUUGAUCAAUAUUUCCCUGCUACGAUACUUGUAAAUGUCAACCACACAAUGAGGCUGAUGCAAGAGGAGGCUUUUGGGCCAAUUAUGCCAAUAAUGAAAUUUAGUACUGAUGAAGAGGCAAUCAUUCUUGCAAAUGACUCAAGGUAUGGGCUUGGAUGUGCUGUAUUUUCUGGCAGCCAGCAGCGUGCCAGAACAAUAGCUUCUCAGCUGCACUGUGGAAUUGCUGCAAUUAAUGAUUUUGCAUCGAACUACAUGUGUCAGUCCCUUCCAUUUGGCGGUGUGAAAGACAGUGGGUUUGGAAGAUUCGCUGGUGUUGAAGGGUUGCGAGCUUGUUGUCUUGUGAAAUCAGUAGUGGAAGAUCGAUGGUGGCCACUCAUCAAAACUAAGAUUCCGAAGCCUAUUCAGUAUCCCAUUUCAGAGAAUGGCUUUGAGUUUCAGCAAUCACUUGUGGAAGCACUGUAUGGGUUAAAUAUCCGUGACCGGCUGCGAGCAUUGGUUGAUGUUCUGAAACUCAUUUCCGAACACAACACUCCUAAGGAUGGCAAAAGAAAGGACUGAAGCUGACACUUGGCUGCACAUAAUUUGAGUGUCUUGCUAUAUUUAUAACUUUAGGGUCGUUACAUUUCAAACCCAUUCCUAGAUGCAGAAGUCUUUCAGUGAUCAUCAGCAUAAUUUAUUGAUUGCCUACGCCGAAGUUGGUUCUGUUCUGCUUGGAAAUGGGCCUUAAUUGAUGUUUUUCUCUCUACCGAACUUUAUUCUUCGUGUUCACGAACUAACUGAACUGCAUUGAAACUACUAAUUCAAAUGUCUUUUGAAAGCUA